AUGGACCUCACAGCUGCAGGAGAGGAGCCUCCCAAAGGCUCGAACCCUCCUGAUCUUCUCAUGGAUGCCGAAAUUCAACAACAAAUGGACGACUGGCGCAUCUCUGGCGAGCCCCCUUUGCGAGAACUUCGUAUGCAGGACCGCCUCUACUGGACUCGAUUUACGACCUUUGAUCUCCGUCUAAUUCAUCACAUUGUCAUCGAGUCAACAAAAAUGCACCUCAGAGGUUACAGCAACUGCACAGUCUGGGGACCCAAGAUACACUCAUUAAUCUCGGCAGCCAUGCAGCACGACUUUGCGAUGAGUGCUUUACUGGCUCUGUCGGCAUCAGAUCUGGCAUGGCAAACGAAGAACAGCGAUACAUAUAACCUGGCAUACCAUCACCGGGGAGUAGCACUCAAAGGCUUGCAUGAGGCCAUUGGGGACUUCUCACGAGAAAACUCAGAAGCGAUACUCGCUGCGUCGAUUCUUUUGUCCUGGCAAGCGACAGAAUGGCGUGCGUGGGCAUCCCUACAGCAAGGUGCAGCAACGGUGAUGAGUGCCAUGAGGCCGUGGAUCCACGAGUCGGAAUUUGCGAGGUAUCUACAAGAUCAACGUGCGAUGGCACGAGCAGGGUCCCCGGCCACGCCAACACUACCAAACGCACAGCUCGCGGUCUCCUCAGACGAUCUCCGCAAAGUCGAACACAUAAUAACAGCCCUUCAAACCCUGAAACUCCGGCUGUCCAACAGUCAGGAACUUGUAGAACAUGCCACCCAUCUAGUCGAGUAUCUGCAGCAGUUGCAGCAGGACAUGCAACCUCGAAAUGCGGAGCAGACCUUUGCGAAGCUGCAGUUGCUCAGAGACUGGAUCUUUUGGCUCCCACCACGCAUCCUCCGGCGAGGCGAGUCGGACCUUGCGCCCUUGGUCUUACUUGCUCAUGUCUACGCCAGCGCACUCGCGGUCGAGUCGGUCCUCCCUGAACUCGGCGGAGCCUACCUGGGCGGCAUGUCCGUCCAUCCGCUUGACAAUGUACGUGCGAUACUAGAGAAGAGAAGAAAACAACAACCGCAAGAUACAGGGAUUCAGGUGGCGCUGUCGUUGAUCGAGGCUCCAGUCCAGGUGUUGGUCUCUUACCGACUCCAGCAACAUCACAACACCAACCAGGGAGGUCAAAGCAUGGAAUCAUACCGAUAUUCGCCUUCCGGAAGCCCCUACGCUGCACCAAGCAUCUCCAUGUCGUCGACUACCUCGGACCUGUCGACGGCAUUCCCACAAUCACCCCCCGGGGGCCCUGGAAUUCUGUCGCCUCCGGCGUCGUCCUACUUCCAGGCGGCGCUAGGGCCAGUGGAGACGAGGCGUGACUCGUCCGCGCCGAUUUUAGGCCGCGCGCACUCGAUGGGUGAGCGGCCGUUGGGCUCCAGCGGUCCGCACACCAUGGGCAUGGUGUACGGGACGCCCCCCCAGUACGCGCGAAGUAGCCACGAAGUGCCAGGGUCGAGAAUGGACUAUUUUGGCCAGAGUCAGGCACCGUACAAUCAAUACGGCAGCAUGAACAUGAAUACUCGGUUCGUCACUCCUUCACAACUUUGGGCUUGA